AUGACGCCUGUGCGGUCCACCACAUCCACUGCAGGCUACACCGGCUCUUCGAUGAUCCAACAACGACGCGUUGACCCGCUCAUGUAUGGUGGAUCCGAUGGACUCUGGGACACCAUUGCCAAGUCUAAGGGCAGCGAUGUGACGGUCGAAAAGAUCAUAAGCAACUUUUUGCGUCGUGGCGGGUCGCCUAAUACCGCCAAACAAUCGCCGUCAGCAAGUGCAGUCAAGUAUGGCUAUGGCAUGAUUCAUGCCUUGAUUGUCACCAAGGCACCCGGCGCGUUGGACCUGUUGUUGCAACAAGGCGCGAAUCCAAAUGCCAUGACCAUGGGUGACGUCGAAGAAGACAAGGUGACACCUUGCUAUCUUGCCGCCAGCGUCGGAUGGCUUGCCGGACUUCAGAAGCUGGUGCAGGCAGGCGGAGAUCUUGUCCAUGCUCGCGGCCAGGGCUCGCGCAACAAGACCGCUUUGCACGCCGCAGCUGAGCAUUGUCAUGCGGCCGUGGUGGAGUUUAUUGUUGGAUAUACUCAGGGCGCCCUGAAUCUCGAAGUCGACAGCAUAGGUGCUACGGCGUUACAUUAUGCAAGCGUGUCGGGCCACACGGACUUGGUAUGCUUCCUUAUCCGCUCAUGUCGUAUUCCUGCGGACCAAGCAGAUCAUCGGGGCGAGCAGCCGAUCCACUGGGCUUCCCGUGCUGGACGACUGGAAGUUGUGACACUGCUGGUGGAACGGUUUAGCUGUGACAUCAAUGCCUAUGUGUCAAAACGCGUGCCCACCCCACUGGAGCUGGCUAAAUCCAACAGCCACAAGCGACUGGUCGACUAUCUCAAAGGGCUGGGUGCACUCUCGACCAAGAAGAUGGACAAGAAGCGGAAUGAGGAAAAGUCAAAGACCGUAUCCGGACAUCUUGCAAACACGCUGGCAUCGAAUGGACUCUUUGGUGGUGGCGAUGACGAUGGCUUCUUCUAA